AUGGCGGCCACCAUGGGAUUCUCUUCGUUUGGCGCGCAAGAUCCUCCGAGCAGAAAACGCAAAUACAAUCCCAACAACGACGCCGUCAUCUCCAUCGGUGACGGUCAGCUUCACGGUACUGGCGCAAACACUGCACCUGUAGGGGAGCGCCGAGCUCCUCCACCUACCAACGCGGACGAGAUUGAUUUGGAUGUGGAAGACGGCAACGAUGAUGCGAAGAAUCACGGCGAAACCACCCCUGCAACAGAAAGUGCAACUCUCCCUGUCGAUGCCAAUAGCAAAUCCUCUCCCAGCAUCGGCGCCGGAAUCGCUGGCCUUCCUCAACGUCCCGCCCCUCCUCCCGGGGGCUUCGCUGGGCAUCAGCACCAGCGGGGGGGUGCGCCACGACAAGCGGGCGGCCAUCGUGAUAGGAACAAGCUAUGGUAUCAGGAUUACUACGACCAUUUCUCCAACGAAAACCCUUGGGCAAAACUCGAAGAAGCGGCAGGCCUGUCACCAAUUUCGACGUGGGACCACGUUCACAUGAACAAGGGCGAUACUCAGCAGGCCGCUUGA